CAGGCUGACCUUGAACUCACAGAGAUCUGCUUGUCUCUGCCUGCUAGGUGCUGGGAUUAAAGGUCUGGGCACCAGAUGAACGAAAAAUAUAAAUAAAAGGACAUGGCUGCUCCUGAGGAGUUGAGGUUUUUAUUAUACAUAAAAGGGAGAGAGAGUACAGGCAGAGACAGAGGCAUCUGGAAGAGUGCAGAAGACUGAACCAGGCCAUAUUUCAGCUUUAACAGUCAGUGGGGAACUGAGAGACACUGUGCCCAUUGUCCUAUUGUGCCCCUCAAGAGCCCUAGUGACAGAUGAAACCAAAGGCUAGAACUGGAACAGUAACUGCUGGCAUUGUUCCUGCCUGCAAGCUGGUGUUUGCCACCUGAUACCUUGAUGGGACCCAAGCACAGGCAUGCUGACUGUAAUGCUGCUGAGCUGUGCCCUGCUGCUGGCAUUGCCUCCCACGCUGGGGGUCCAGAUGCGCUUGGCACCCCUGGAAGGCAUCAGAAGGCCUGACCAGGCCCUGUUCCCAGAAUUCCCAGGUGAGUAUGGUCAGGGUGGGCAUGUGUGGGGUGAGGACAAUUGUUGGUCACAAAUCUGCCUGUUCGGGCUAAGCCCUCAUUCCCGAAUCCCAAUCCCAACCCUGGAGGUGCACACUUGGUGCAUGGUGGGUGUGGCCCUCACAUCCUCUGCUCCAGGUCUAAGUCUGAAUGGCCCGAAGAGGACAACUGCAGACAGAACAGAAGAGGCUUUGCUGCAGAAGGCAGAAGCGUUGGCGGAGGUGCUAGAUGCACAGAAUCGCGAGACUCGUUCUCCGCGUCGCUGUGUACGGCUGCACGAGUCCUGUCUGGGACAGCAAGUACCUUGCUGCGAUCCGUGCGCCACGUGCUACUGCCGCUUCUUCAAUGCCUUUUGCUACUGCCGCAAGCUGGGUACUGCCACGAAUCUCUGCAGCCGCACCUAAUCAAUGGAUGUUGGGCAAAGGCAGAGUCGCGAAUAAAGGACGGGACCAACCCUAAA